AUGCAGUGUUUGGAAGAUAUGGACGUAGUCUCACCAUUACCAUCUGAAGUGUGUCAAUCAUCUGCCAAUUCUUGUCAAAUACCUUACAUUCCUCAAGUUAAGAAUGACGUGAUACCAAAAAUUAAUCAAGAGUUUGACACUUUAGAUGUCGUGCAAAAUUUUUACAACAAUUAUGCUAAAGAGUCAGGAUUUGGUACGCGAGCACAUUCUAGCAGGAGGAAUGGGGAUAAACAAGUCAUUAGGAAAGACUAUGUUUGCUGCAAAGAAGGUAAGUUGGUGCCCAAAAAACCUGUAGAAAAUAGUGAAUCCUCAAAACUACGUCGGGGUUUAAUUCAAGAGGGUUGUGGUGCGAAAUUGUCUGUUAGAAGAGCUAAGUCCGGUGACAAGUAUGUUGUCUCCCAAUUUGUUGAGGCACAUAACCACCCUCUUACGUCUCCAAGGAGGGUGCAUUUGUUGCGAUCUCAUCGUAAAGUGUCAGUUGCCAAAAAAAGCUUUGGCACAACAACUAUCGCAAGCAAAUGUGCCAAAUUGCCAACAAAUGAGUAUUUUCGAGAAAAGAACUCAGGGUUUAUGUUUACAAUGGAGAAAGAUGAUGAGGAGAGGUUGACUUAUUGUUUUUGGGCAGAUGCCACGUCUAGACAGUCGUACCAAUAUUUUGGGGAUGUUGUGGCGUUUGAUACCAUGUACACCAUAAACCGAUACUCUAUGAUUUUUGCUCCUAUAUUAGGGGUUAAUCACCACAGACAGACUAUGCUAUUUGGGUGUGGGCUUUUAAGUGAUGAAUCGAGUGAUUCUUUUGAGUAG